AUGGCGGCCAGGUCCUCUUCAAUUGUCCGCCGAGCGCUGCUCUAUGUGCCCUCGUCUUCGGAAAAGAUGCUCACCAAGUCGCUGGGCCUCAAGUCCGAUAACGUGACAUAUGAUCUGGAAGACUCGGUGACGCCUUCAUUGAAGUCACAAGCCCGAGGCCAACUUCGUUCUUUUCUCGAAAAAAACAAUUCGCGGCCGCCGUCCAUCUCCGAGCUGGCUGUGCGAAUCAACGCAGUAGAGACCAAGUUUGCUCUGGACGACCUAACUUCUCUCGGGUCAUUACCCAAUGUCGAUGCUAUCGUCGUUCCUAAAGUUAACUCCGCCGCCGACCUAACGUACGUUACCGAUGUAUUGCGUCACGUAGCUCCUGAGAGGCACGCAUCCACGUCCCAAAAUCCCAUAAAGAUCAUUGCCUUGAUUGAGUCUGCUCGAUCGAUCAUGAACCUUUCCGAAAUCUGCAAGGCAUCACCUUACCUCAGCGGCUUGGUAUUCGCUGCUGAGGACUUCGCUUUGGAUCUAUCUCUGACAAGAACACCUUCCCUGACCGAAUUUCUGUAUGCGCGAUCUGCCAUCGUUACCGCCGCGAAGGCCGCCGAGUUGCCCAGUGCAAUCGACCUUGUCUGCACCUCCUACAAGGGGGAUGAAGGCCUGAAGCGGUUGGAGGAGGAAUCUCUCGGGGGUAAGUCGAUGGGUUUCAACGGCAAACAGUGCAUUCAUCCCAAUCAGGUGGCUCUUGUCCAAAAGUUAUUUGCCCCUGGCGAAAAGGAGGUGGAAUGGGCGGUACGUGUUGCAGUCGCAGACGAGAAAGCAAGUAAGGCGGGCCGUGGAGCAUGGACACUCGAUGGCAUGAUGAUCGAUGCCCCGGUCACAGGGAAGGCGAAUGCCACCAUUGCCAAAGCGGAAAGGUGUGACAUUGACGUGGCAAAGCUUCGGGAGAAGUGGAAGGGUCAAGAGCCUGAGUAG